AUGGCGGGCCGCACGGUGCGGGUGCAGGGCUUCCCCGCCGAGCUGCCCCCCGACAGGGCGGCCGACAAGCUGACCAUUCACUUCCUGCGCUCCCGCAACGGCGGCGGCGACAUCGCCAACGUCCGGGUGCUGCCCGGCUCCCUGCCCUGCGCCCUCAUCACCUUCGAGGCGCCGGAAGUGGCCCAGAGGAUCCUGCAGGUGAAGAACCACGUGCUGGCAAUUGGGAAGACACAGUACCCGCUGGAGGUGACACCCCACGCUUCAGAGCUGAGCCCCAAUGAGAUCUUCAUACACGUGAGCAUGACAAUUGACUAUGGCAAGCUGCCCACGGGCAAAACCCUCCUGAAGGACUUGCACAAAGAGUACAGCAAUGUACACUUCAGCUUCGACUCCAAGAACAUGCAGUGCAUAGUGCAGGGCCCAUUCACUGAGCUGCAGACCUUCAGCAGAGACCUUCUCAGCAGCCUGAACCUCAAGAACCAAGCCAGUGGCCAGAUCCUCCUGCCAGCUUCCAGCUGUGGGGCCAAGGAGAUGGGAAUGCCUGAUCAGCAGCAAGUGCCUGACUCCACUGAGCCAGCCCAAGAGGCAGCAAAGCUGCCAGAUUGUGACCAGGUGCAGGAAAUGGCAGCUAAAGAACCAUCACCUCAGAGCCCAGUGGGUGAGGAAGCUGUGGAACUUUUGGGGAAGCUGGAGGACUUUUCCCUCGCCAUGGACUCGGACAUUUACUUGUACAUGCAGAGGUUCUGUGCUGCCGAGUACCAGGGUGUGCUGCAGCAGCACCACGUGGAUGUGGUGGAUGUCAGUGGCGAUGGCAUUGCUGUGUUGUACCUCCAGCCAUCUGGAGGAGUGUCUGGGGACACAGAGGCCUUGAGGCAGGCCCAGCUGGCCCUGCAGCAGCUCUACCAGCAGCUGGAGCUGCUCUGCCAUGAGGAUGUGAAGCAGCUUUAUCUCGUUGGAAGCCUGGUUGAUGUGUGCAAGGCCAAGCAGUUCCUUGAGGAUUCUGUCACCAGGAGAAGUGCUGCACGCACGGUUGACACGCUGAGCAGCUCCCAGCCCUCUGGCACCACAGAGGCUGCACCACUCCUGGGCAAACCUCCUGUGCAUCCUUCACCCACAAGGCUUAGCCCAAGCAAGCAGGAGCAGAAAGGUGAGUUCAAGCUAGCUGCCAGCUUCAGCAGCCUGAAAGCUGACAGGUCUCAGGCUGGCCAGGACCUCUUGGUGAGUCAGGACUCUCCAGCAGUGGCACAGCUGCACCUUUCUGGGAAACAUUCAUCAGAGACAGAUGUUCCUGGUCAGAGUGAGCCAAGGGCACUGAGCCAGCAGUAUCAGCCUCCCACCCCUAUGAGAGAUAAAGUUGUGGGGUCAGCAGCAGAGCCUCAGCAGAACGACCCCACAGAAAGGGACCAUGUGGAAGGAGGUGCCAGACUCACAGGAGAAAAGGUGCUGAUGCCUAUUGCAGGCAAAGAAAACAGCACUUUUCAGCAUCCUGAGGACUCUAAAGGCUCAGGUCCCUUUGGGUACCACUCCCUUGCUGGCAUCUACAGCAACUGUGAUGUGACAUGGACCCCUUUUGCUCUAGGCUGCAAACCCUCAGCAUCCAGCCCUGUGCUGAGACGGUCCAACAGCUUCUCCCUGUCGAGGUCAAAGGAAAGCAGCAACUCUGGAGACAUCAGCAGGGUGAGUGAGGAGAUAAGCCUGGACACUCUGCAGUGGUUUUACCUCAAAGAUGUGUGCCAUGCUGCUAUUGAUGAGCUGUGCAGGGCUGGAGGGGUGCACAUCUCGGAGCGCCACGCCGAUGACUGCACGGUGCUGACGCUGCAGGCAGAGGACAGGAGAAGGCUGCUCCAGGCUAAAUGGAAGGUGGAGGAUCUUGUGCAGAAGUGCCCUGACUUGGUGUGCCAGAGUGUGAGCUACUCAGAGCUUGCUGUCAGUGGGCCAGAUGACAGUGACCUGAGUGAAUUGUGCAGCCUCUUGCGAGGAAAAUCCUUCCAGGUUGGACUCAGCAAAGACAAGUACAAGCUCUACCUUGCCUGCCCCAAGGAGAUGCUGCCAGGAGUGAGUGAGGCCUUCCACAUGUUUUCCUCCAGGAGGCUCUGUGCCAUGAAGUCUUCAUCCCUGUCUCCUGGACCAGAGAGUACAGAGAAAUUGAGUGUCAUCCAGCCAAGCAGAAGCCAGGACCCAGUGCUGGAUGUGGCCCUUCCUGGCGGCCUGAGUUCCCCACAGCACCUGAACAUCAUCAAUAAAAUGGACUCUCCACACGUGCUCAGGGCUUCCUGGCUGCCAGAGGCUGAGGAAAAGGCAUCCCCCAGUCCUUGGAGGUACCAGCAGGCUUGGGGGCAGGAGGAGGCCAGGGGCUGUGUUGAUUCUGGGGCUGGCAGACGAGGAAGCAGCCUUCUGAGCCUUGGCACGGGGGAUAAGCAAAGCCCUCCUGGCCUGAGGGAGUUCCAGGAACAGCGCAAGACAAAACUGACCCUGGGGGAGCCCGACAGCCCCCGGCUGAAACAAGUCUUGCCAGACAGGUUCCAGUUGGCAAGAGACAAGAGCAGAGGAGGCCACAAUGAAGCAAUGGGACAGCAGCACUGCCCAGUCCCUGCAGCUGAUGAAACUCCUCACUCUCUGCCCACCUGGCUACCCAGGGCUGUGGCUGCUGAGCCACCACCAGCUGUGGCCCAACAGGCACCUGCAGCAGAGCCCACAGAUCAGGGAAGGGCCCAGCUCCCAGGGGGCAGGAGCAACGAGCAGGAGGAGCCUGAGCUCCCAUCACAGCAGAGAAGAGAGCCCAGCCUUGGCCAGGAAAGCAGCACCAUCCCUCUGGAGCAGUGUGAUGCUUGCCAGGGCUCAGGGGUGACCUGCCAGGGCUCCUGUGGUCACGCCUUGUGCAGGACAUGUUUUGCAGCAGACAGUUUGCAGCCAGCUUGCUGUGACUCCUCCUCAGAUAUCCCAAGCUGCAAUAUCCUGGGGACACUGAAGAUCUCCUCCCUGUCUCAGAGCCUGCCUGGAUUCUAUCCAGACUCAACAUUUCAGCUUGCUUACAACAUCCCUGAUGGAGUGCAGGGGGUUGGGGACCCUCGCCCAGGACACCCUUACAAAGGGGGGAAUUUUUGUGCCUUCCUGCCUGAAAACACGGAAGGGGUGAAGAUAGCAAAGCUGCUGAAGAGAGCAUUUGAAUGUGGGCUGACGUUCCAGAUCAAGUCCUGCAAUGGAGAGGAAAGAGUAACAUGGGGUCCUAUCCCCCACAAAACCUCCUGGGAUGGAGGCAAAGCCAGGAAUGGCUACCCAGAUGCCCAGUACCUCCAUGAGGUUGGCACAGUCCUCAAUAAACUGGGCCUUGUGUGAUUCUCUCACAGCCUGUGGCUUCCCUUCACCUUCUUUUCCUGCUGAGAACUGCAGCUUCACAGAGACAGCUCAGGAAGAAGCAGGUGUUUGUUCAAAGAGCUCCUUCUUUCCCCACAUGUAGCCAGAACUCUGCACUUUAGCAGAGAGCAGCACCUCUGUCCCUGCCCCAUGCAGGCCUCUGUGCUUGCCAGAAACUCCAGCUCCUCUUGGAUGCAUGCCCUGAAAUCACAGAGCUGACUGCAGCCUGAGUGAGCCCUGUUUGCCUCCAGCAGCAGACACAAACCUGGGCAGGAGUUUGCAUCUCAUCCAGCCCCAGCUUCUGGAAGUUUCUUCCAGCUCCUGCC